AUCGAAAAGAAGAAGAAGAGGAAGUGAGUUGUUCGGGCAUGAUCCUGCUGUCCACGUGCAGCUUUAGAAGAUGUGACCAUGAGACACUUGGAUCCAUCAGAAAGAAAUGAAGCACCACAUGGCCUUCUCGGCAACUACAGGUAUCUGCAAGAAGUCCAUGACGAUCCGUGCAAUGGAGAGCGCCGUGGCCAGGAAGAAGCACCAAGAUGUGAACGCUGCCUCCAACAGGAGGAGGAAGAGAACCGGCUCCCCGUCCGAACCCCUGGAGGCAAACGCGCUGCUGAAGAAGGUGAAAUCGGUCGAGCCGAACCCGACCAGCACUUUGAACUUCUCGCCAGAGCCGGACCACCACCGUGUGACGGCAGUGCUCAGAGACAGCUGGGAGGUUGACAGCGGCUUCUCUGAGUGCAGCCCCCCCGCCAGCGGCCGCAGUUCCCCCUGCCUCGGUCCGAGGCCCCCGGCUGCCUCCGUGGUGGCGCUAGACUGCGAGAUGGUGGGCACCGGGCCCGGCGGCCGCUGCAGCGCGCUGGGCCGCUGCAGCAUUGUGGACUACCAUGGCGACGUCUUGUACGAUAAAUAUGUCCGACCGUGUCAGCCUGUCACGGACUUCCGAACGACCUGGAGCGGGAUCCGCCGGCACCACCUCCACAACGCCGUGCCGUUCGCCCAGGCCCAAGAGGAGAUCCUCGCUCUACUUGAAGGCAAGGUGGUGGUGGGUCAUUCCAUCUACAAUGACUUUGAGGCGCUGCACAUGGACCAUCCCAGUCACAUGGUCAGAGACACCAGUACGACCCGUCACCUCAGGCGCCUGGCCGGCUUCUCUCAUGGCCGCCACUCGUCUCUUAAGCUGCUGGCCAACAAGCUGCUGAACCGGAGGAUCCAGGCUGGAAGUAGAGGCCACUGCUCGGUGGAGGACGCCCGGGCCGCUCUGGACCUCUACAAGCUGGUGCAGGGCCCCUGGGAGCAGGAGAUGGAGAGGAGGCUGGGCGACGGGCCGCCCGGCCACUCCUCGGAUCACUACAUGCAGGACGAGUUCUGGCCGGACGAGAUUCUGACAGACGGCCCGUGAGGCAGAAAACGUCGUUCAUGGCGAACGGUCGGGAUCUCGGACUCGACUUCAGCGGUGGAAUUUUCCGUCUUUUUUUCCCCUUCAGAUGAAAAGGUUACAGGAAGUAAAGCGUUUUCAUUUCCUUGUUGUGAUGCUGAAAGUUAAAUCAUGGUGAUUUCUGUUAUAUUUAUUUUUAAGAAUUUGAUUAUAUUUUGGGUUAAUUGUGUGGUUAAAGUUGAGGUUACAGUUCCCUGUUAUCUGCUUUUGACUAAAAGUUGAGAAGCAACAGAAUGUUUCUCCAUGCAGAGUGGAAUUAAAUAUGGAUGAAACAUUCAUUCCUAGUUGAGCUACUAGUUUGGUGGAGACGGUGUUUGAAACGUGAUCGUUGGUUGUAUUUUGUCCAUCAACCUUCAGAUUGUGAAAAAUAAAGCAGUUUGAUUCAAA